AUGUGGGCCCCAUUAUCAUAUACUAGACCAGAAUCUCAGAAGACUGACUUGACGUCGUUGUUUUCUACCGAUCAAGAGCAAAACCCAUUAAAUGAUUACCAGUAUCAGAUCAACAUCAGGGAAUUGGAGGAUUACUACAACAAGACCAUUUUAAACGAGGACAACAUACAGGAAACGAGUAGCGAGAUAUCUUCGGCAGUUUCGCUCUCUCCACCAAAGCAUAAGAACGCUAUUCAGCCAGGGCUACUCUAUGAUCCACAAUUGAUAAACCCUUUCCUUCCAUCCGCCAGCCUGAAUAACAGUGCACCCAGUACUUUUAAGAAGAAACUGGAGGUACGGAUAAAUCCAGAUUACGUCCCAAAAUCUUCACAAUUGCCAUUAACUUCACAGAAUUUGCAGCAGUUAUCUCAACAAAAACUCAAAGAUGAUGCUCCUUUUUCAUCACAGAAGGAAUCUUCAGCUCAACCCAAAGUGAAAAGCCAACUGCAGGAAACCCCAAAACAACUAUACAAGACAGAACUGUGCGAAUCGUUCACAUUAAAGGGAAGUUGUCCCUAUGGCAGCAAGUGCCAGUUUGCUCACGGACUUGGAGAAUUGAAGGUCAAGAGAUCGUGUAAGAAUUUCAGGACGAAGCCCUGUGUGAAUUGGGAGAAACUAGGUUAUUGUCCUUAUGGCAGAAGAUGCUGCUUCAAACAUGGUGACGACAACGACAUUGCUGUUUACGUAAGAGCUGGUACUUACUGUAACGUCUCUUCGACCAGCAAGCAAUCUGACGAAAAGAGAAGCAAUGGUCGGAGCUCCACCAAGAAGAAGAAUCUAAAUGUUAAGGUGAAAGCUUUACAGAGGAUGACCUGGUAA